CGAGCAAAAGACUGGGAUAAUAUACGUUCAAGUACGCAGAUUCAUAUCCAUCGUCCAAUUAUAGGUGGAAUGCUGAAUGGGACAAUCAGUAAUGUAAAUGGGAUCAUAACUGGGGAUGGGAUCAUAACCGGGGAUGCAUUCAAUGUAAAGAGGAAUAAUCAAGCAGAGUUCAAAGCGAACGAAAAUCGUUCAAUAUUUUCCUGCUCAUACUGUGACCCACUCCCACUUUCACAAGAAAAGAAUGAAAUUAAUGUGGAUUCUCUGGGUUUUAAUGAUGUGGAAAACGCAUAUUCACAAGAACUAUCACCAGCUGAG